AAAUGUAGAUUGUGUCAGUAGAGCUGUAUCUGAGCUGCAGUAUGCCUCGCCACCGCCGCCACCGACAUAAGAAACCCGGGAGCCCUCAUCAUGAGCCGGAGCAGAGUUGCGAACCCCCAACACAGUCCGAGGCCAAGUACUAUAUUGUCAAACAGUCAGAAUCACUAGGACGAUAUCUGGAGGCCAGUCGAGACAUUGCUGAAGGUACAGUCAUCAUAGAGGCAGAACCACUGGUAGUGGGUCCUGUGUCUGAUUCUGCACCUUUAUGUCUGGGCUGUUACACAGAACUGAGCAGCAUCGACUCUGCAGAAAAUUGCAAAUCCUGCAAAUGGCCAUUAUGCUCCAACGCUUGCAAGGGCUUGAACAAAAUCAAUGGACACAGCAAAGAAGAAUGUUUGCUCCUCUCAAAAUGCCCGAUUGAAAGUAACAGUCUUCAAAAGCAACAGCUGUACAAUGCAAUAUUCCCACUGAGAUGUCUAAUGCUGCGAGAACAUCAGCCGGAAAAGUGGAGAAUCCUGAACACAAUGCAAGCUCACAACGAGCUACGGAGGAAACAGCAGUCCAUCUGGAACUACAACCAGAAGUCUGUUGUGGAUCGGAUAAGAAAUGAGUGGAAGAUUGACAAAUUCACUGAGGAGGAAAUCCACACUGUUUGUGGAUAUGCUGAGGUGAAUGCAUUUUCCAUUGGUGGGGACUCUAUCAACAUCCAAGGUCUCUACCCGGAAGCAUACUUCUUCGCUCAUGAUUGUGUAGCCAACACUUCACACACAGACGAUGAGAACUACAAGAUAAAGGUGUUCACAUCUGUCAAACUACGCCAAGGGCAAAUGUUAACUUUGUCUUACACAAACUCUCUAAAGGGUACAGUCAAACGUAGAGAGCACCUGAGAAAGUGCAAGUUUUUCGAGUGCUCAUGCCAGCGCUGCAGUGAUUCCACAGAGCUCGGCACUUACAUGAGUGCGCUCAAGUGCCGGAACUGCAGUGCAGGUCGAGUGCUGCCCGUGGAGCCCCUCAGAGACGACACUGACUGGAGAUGUGACGCUUGCAACAGCACUCAUCUCAACAAAGACAUCAACACUGCAAUUAACAGGGUUGAACAAGAAAUCAGUGGGUUGGACCAGGAGAAGGUGCUGUUGAUAGAGGCGGCUAUCCGAAGGUACAGUGGGCUGUUACACCCCAGCCAUUACCUCAUAGUGGGCCUCAAGUACUCACUGAGUCAACUGUACGGCAAGACAGCUGGCUUCCUCAUCAGUCAGAUGAACGAGGAAACACUUGAGCGGAAAGUGCAAAUCUGCGAAGACAUUCUGAAAAUCUUUGACAUUGUGGAGCCAGGAUUUACACGUAUUAGAGCAAUAACUAUGUACGAGCUCCACGCACCUUUGAUGAUACUGACAAUCAAGCAGUCUGAGAGAGGCCACAUAUCUCACACUGAUCUCGCCAGAAACCUGAAAAGAGUGGCGUUCUACCUGAGAGAGUGUGUCAGACUGCUGAAAUUUGAGCCGAAAGGUACCCAAGAGGACUCCAUCAGAACUGCAGCUCAAGAGGGCUUGGUUCAGCUCAAGAGUUGGGAACCUGCUGUAGGGAAACUGUGAAUUAAUCUAUUUUACAAAUGUCUGGACAGUCAGGGACACCCGCUGAGUGUAUUUUCAGGGGGGAGCCAAACCGGUAUCUCGUUUGAAGGGAAAAAUCUCUUACCGCAAAUAAUUUUAACAAAGAAUGUAAUUGAAAUUAAAACUGUAUACUACUAGUCACUUAUCCAGUGCAAAUGCAAUAAGUUUUUUCUAGAAGUUCUUCUUUAUGUAGCUCACUGUGUUUCAAGUAUUGCCAAAAGACAAAGAUUGCUAAGAUCUUUUGAGACCUUUCCUAUAAGAAUUCUUAAAAGAGGAUUUUGAUGAUUUAAUUGUUUUUAUUUGUUUAUGCUAUUUACUUUAAAUGUGAUUUUUCAUCAAUUACACAGAUCUCUGCACAAACUUAGCUAUAAAACCUUAAUUUUGUUGAUUUUCCUAACUUUUUGUCCCCUGUUGCUGUGGAAAGUGGACCCCUGAUAAAGUAAAAUCACAUACAUCUGAGUUCUGUGGUAGCUAAUGAUUGUGAUACAAGUGCAAUAUGAUGAAAAUCAACCAAACCUUGUAGAAUGAACUCUGCUUUUAGUGUUGUCCUGAGUUAUAAAUUCAUCUAAAAGAAUAUUCAAAAAUUUGUAUUGGAAGCUGUCACCAAUGUAGUAUGCAAAUAUUGUUGCAGGCCAGACUGAAUCUUCUAUGUUUCAUUAUUUUUAACUAUCUUGUUGGUACCAGUUACUUUUUAUAAACCAACACUUACAGUAACAAGAAGGGUUGUGAUGUCACUAUGACAUCACUGAAAACACCCGAUUGUAAUAAAUCAUAUUUCAAUUAACCUAACUAUUGACAAUGUAUGUUCCAAGUCACCUGCUGAAGACUUAUUUGUGUCAAUAUAAGAUUAUUGAGUGCCAAAGCCAACUGUACUUUAAACUAAUACAUUCUAAUAAAAGCUAAAAUAUUGACUCCGUUUACAAAAUUUAGCGGUUUGAGGGGAAGCGAUUUCAUCUCCACCUCACCCUAACUUUGAUACAACAGCCGGCAGCUGAUAUACAUAUUAAGCUAAGAAAAUGUGGUGGGGGAACCCAGGUAACCUUCAGUCUUCACCUUAGACCACCUAAAUUUUGAGAACGGACUAUAAGGAUAAUAUAAUGUUCACUAGUUUAUAAUAUUUCUUUAACUUUGGCCGGAUAUACGGUACAUUUACUCUAUGUUUUAUCACAUAAUACUCUUGUCUAUGUCACGUUUUCCUUUGUACUGCCACUGUCUUUGUUUUGUGUUUUUCUACGUCAAUGGCAUUUUUUAAUAUUUUAUUGUAAGAGUCUAUCAAUGUCUGAAUCAUUCAAGUGAUUAACACUUAUUUCAUUUAGUUUAAUUUGGUUUAUCUCUGAUUUGUGUAUUUUUAUCAUUUUUUAGAUAAUCAUGGAUGAGAUAAUUGUCUAAUGUUUUACAAAAGGUUAUUUGUUUGCACUAUGGCAUAUGAUAGUAAUAAAUGGAAUAAUAAA